UGGGGGAGGAGGAGAGCGAGCGAGCCAUUGGGUGGAGCAGCCUCGCGUGCUGCGGAAUACUGUGUGCGUUGUGUGUUAUGCGCGGGCGGUAUGUCACAGCUGCAUGUCGGCGAAUGGAAGCGGAAGCGGGAGGUAUGUUGAACCAGGGCGGUUGUUUCGAGUGAUAUUCAGAUGCAGGAGUAGCGGCGCGUGAAGACUGAGUGCGAGCGCGAGGCAUGGACGAGUCGGAACCCGCAGAGGACAGCCUGCUCUCGAGCCUUCGGUGGAACCGGAGCGCCCGGGACCAGGCUCAGCUCAAACACAAAAUUCGGGAUUUGCCGGGGCUCCUGAAGCACGGCUUGCACCUGCGAAAGAAAAGCCAGUCCCCUGAUACGAUACCUGGACCAAGCCCUGGACCUACUGUCCAUAAGUCAUGCUCCCAGAGCUUCCCCUGCGCUGGACGUUCUGUGAGGAAUGCCUUCCUCUCGCAUGGACCCUACCCAGCCAAGGACAAGAUCCACCUGGCCCGCAUCAUACGGCGCAGUUAUGUGGGCGUGGAGCUGGUGCAGUGGCUGUGUGAGCAGUGUGGGUAUGUGCGCUGUCGGCCCACCGCCGCGCGCGUCUGGCAGGUUCUGCUGGAGCUGGGGGUCCUGCUGUCUGUGGACCAGCGGGUGAUCUUUGCCGACUCCAACUCCUACUACCAAUUCAGCUUCGAGGAGUGCGAGUCAGCAUCCUGCGAGUUUCGCUCUAACGAGGGGGAGUGGUCAGAGGCUGUGAGGCUCCUCCUCACACUUGCGCCAUAUGUCCAAUUCCGCUCUGGGGGCGGAGCUAACAGCCCGUCGGAGGAGGACUCUGAGGGCAACAGGGACAUCUGUGGUGAGAUGCUCCAGAUGAGGGCCUUGGAGAGGCUGACCUCCACGGUACAAAAUGAGCUGGCAGCCGCCUUAGCCCGCAAGACUCGCAAAGCCUUGUCAGAGCAGGACUCUGAGACAAGAGAGGCAGCACAGCCCCCGCAACCUCGCACGCCCACUGAGGAGAGCAGCCCGCUGGCCGGCGUGUGCGCACUCCGAGACGGCGGCGGCGGUGGCGGCGGCGGCGUUCGCCGUGGAGGCGUUUGUGUCAGCAGCGCUGGAGGAGGAGGUGGAGGAGGAGGUGGAGGAGGAGGUGGAGGUGGAGGUGGAGGAGGAGGUGGUGGAGGCAGAGAGGAGUUGACUAGCCGGCUGGGGCUGGAGGCCGUGCAGCGGCUAGCCAAGGACGGCUGUCGCCUCCUGCAAAACCACAACUACCGUCUGCCGGAGAGGAACCCCGCGGAGGCGGUGGGGAGGGUGUGUCUGAAGGAGAGGGGGCGGGACGUCCUGGUGCUGCAGAGGGUAUCGUCAACGGUUACGUCCCCGUCUGACCGCCCCUCUCCCACCUCUUCAGGGGGCGGGGCCAGGGAGGAGGACGGUGACAGGAGGUAUGUAGUGGUGUCCGGGACGCCCCUGAAGAUCCUGGAGCACCUGCUGAGCGACCUGCGGCUGGAUGAGGAGCGAGGAGCGCCCGAGAGCCGGGACAGCGAGGUGCUGCUGGAUGACUUCCUGCUGACGUACCUGGUCUUCAUGUCCACCAGCGACCUCUGCCAGGCGCUGCUUGGCCACUACAGCAGUGUGCGCUGCAGGGGUCAGGAGGAAGGGAAGGACGCCCUCUUCAGGAAGCGCAAGGUACUGCAGCUGGUGUCUCACUGGAGCCGGCUAAACAAGGACUUCCUCCGGGACGAGGAGCAUGUCAAGGGUUUCAUGAAGACUCUGUACAGGUGUGUGUUAGAGGACCUCUAUGAGUUCCCCACUCUGGAGAAAGACCUGAAGGAGUUUCAGAAGCUGCUGCGCCGCAGACACACGGUGGAUGACUGCCCUCCAUCUCAGAAGACUAAGGCUCUACACCAGCAGUUGAGUUUGAAGGAGAACUGUGUGCAGCUCAGAAGCCCAAAGAGUGAACACAGAGAAGUCAUUUGUCACGUGCACGUGAGCGUGGACUCGUACCUGAGCGUGCACACCCACCGCAUGCUGGAGGCUAACGAGCUGCUCAGGAUUGUGGGAUCCAAGCUGGACCGGUCCGAGGAGGAGAUGGUGCUGGCGGUGGUCUCGCACACAGGAGAGCGUCGUCUGCUGCAGCCCAGUGACUGCGUGUAUUCAGAGUCUCUCACCCCUCAAGGAAGACUGGCAGUCUGUCGCAAGGACCUCACUGAAGUCCUGCCCGCUCUCACAGACAGUGCUGAGCUGGGCAGGAGGGCGGUGCGUCUCCUGGGGAUUAACACCUGGGACGUGGCGGCAGCUCUCACGCACCUGGACUGGAGCCUGUUCAACUCCAUCCAUGAGCAGGAGCUGGUGUACUACACCCUGAGCCGCCCUCCCCGCAGCGGCCACACGGCGGCGCUGUCGGUCCUGCUGCAGCGCUGCAACGAGGUGCAGCAGUGGGUGAUGUCCGAGGUGCUCAUGUGCGUGUCGCUCAGCAAGCGUGUGCAGCUGCUGAAGAAGUUCAUCAAGAUCGCAGCACACUGUAAAGCCCAGAGGAACUUGAACUCCGCCUUCGCCAUCAUAAUGGGACUGAACACGGCCUCUGUCAGCCGGCUCAACCAGACCUGGGAGAAAUGUCCAGGAAAGUUUAAGAAGCUGUUCUCUGAGCUGGAGCUCAUAACGGACCCCUCCCUCAACCACAAGGCCUACAGAGAAGCCUUCAAGAGAAUGAAGCCCCCAAAGAUCCCCUUCAUGCCCCUCUUGUUGAAAGAUAUCACCUUUAUCCACGAGGGAAACAAGACAUUUCAUGACAACCUUGUCAACUUUGAGAAGCUGCACAUGAUAGCCGACACGGUGCGUCUCAUUCGCCACUGCCAAAGUGACCAACCAGGGAACGAGGUAACCGGGGGCGACAGUGCAGAGUUGCGAGCGUGCGUCCACUGCCUGCACAUCAUUGACAAUCAGCAGACUCUCUUUGAGCUCUCACACAAGCUGGAGCCACGCGCCUGAACAGAGACGCACUAUCAAAGCACACACACACACACGCACGCACGCGCGCGCGCGCACACACACACACACACACACACAGUAAACAAACACGCCCACCGAUACACACUAUUCUUUUGGACCCGUUUGACUGACGCACGGGUCCAGCCCCGCGGGUCCCAGGGUUGGAGGGGUUCCCGGGGUUGGAGGGGGUCCCGAAGGUGCCAUAAGGCGCUCCAGCCCGACCUUUGCCCUGCAUUGGCUCUCAGCUAGAACCCUCCCCCUCGGGGUACACUUCAUAACAGAGGGACCCCCCCCGCUAAAGGCACCGCCCUAUGAACCCACACCCAGCCCGGAGCUCUGCUGGGGGGGGAAGGACCGGGGGGAGGAGCAGGCGGCUGUUGUAACUCGUUUGUACGAUAUCUGUUUGACUGAAUCUUUGUGCUGAUUGGUGCCGUGGAAAAGAGCGGUGGGUAUUCAUGAGGCUGGUCCACUGGUGGGAUGGUUCCUUAAGGAUGUGUUUUGUAUGUCUCAUGGCUCUCUCGGAAGCCUCUCUGAGCACCUGAAGAGGCUUGAAUCAUUUCAGAUUGUAAAGAGCAGGAUUGGUCCUAAAGCACCAUUUUUAGUUGUUUUCUUCUGCCUAACUGAUAUUCUAUCACAUCCUCUCUUCUUUUGAGGCUGGAUACGUACAUAAAACCAUGUCCAUAUUACAAUGAAAACACCUGUCUUGUUGUGUAUGUAUUUUUGUAUUGAUUGAUUUCGCGCUCUUUUUGUUUGAUGCUUGUUUGGUAGUACAACAGCGUCAGCGGCCAGGAGCAGAAGAAAACAUUAAUGUUAAGGCUUGUAAAUGGAGCAAUUUUGUCACGCUUCCGUCUGCCUGUUUUUAAAGUUUUGAGAACGAGAUAAAGAACCGAGUGCUUUACGUGCCGCGGUCCAGCCGUGGACGUUUAUAUUUUUUUUCUAUAAAUUAACUUUCUUCGUCAACUGAUCUAUUUAAAACAAAAACAAAGUGACUGAUCCUGUUUGACUUUGUAUUUUAGUAGCUCUACGUGUCUCUGUGCCAAAAGUCCACCUUGAAGUGGGGUAGAAUAUGCAGUAUGGUUAUAAUUGUGCAACAAAUCACAGCGGCAAAGCUCCUUGGCUCGUACGGAGAUCUCUGCCUUUAUGGUCUUAUUUAUUAUUAUUUGUCUUCCGUUUUUUUCUUAUUCUCCAUUGAAUCCUUCCUGUAGUAAUGUGCAGCCCUAUGGCGACGUGGACCGGUGCGCUCCUGAGUUCACUCGCUCAACGCUUCACACAACGCCCUCAUGACUGAUGUCACUUCAUGUCGGAUGCUUGGUACCCCAUUAUUCUCCUGUGGUUGCUACGGAUACACAGGGCCCACCCACCAUUGUGCUUUAUUUCUCUUCCUUUCGCUAUCUUUUAUUUAAAUGCUCAAUAGGUGUUGUGUUUAUGAUCCAAGCCAAAGCUGAGGUUUCUUUGCUGGACCGGUCGAACUUGGUAUACUAAACGGAUAGUGAAAUCGUAAUUGUUAAACUGAUUAGUAAGCAGUUUAUAACAUUGCUGAAUUACUGACUGAAAAAAAUAUGUGUUUUGUUCACAAAUAUUUCUGUGUACAUGUGUAAAUGAUGCAGAAAACAAAUAGUGUGUUUUGACUGAUUAACACUCCCACUCUACGGUUUAUGUGUGUAACUGUGAUGUCAGUCUGCAUUGCUUCCUCAUCAUUGGGUCUUUUAGUUUCCCGAGGCACAAGGAACAUUUAGUAAGAAUGUGGCUACGUUUAUCUCUGACUAUCAUUUCCACUGGUUGGUUAUUUUUAAGAAUCCAUAAAAAGUAUUUUUGGGGCUGCAAAAAGGGUCUAAACCUAAGGUUAACAAUGAUAGACUCAUCUUAACGCUGUUGAUGUUAUUUUCCUAACUGCAGACAUUCCUUAUUGCUACCAAAAGCAUGUUUUGUUUCACUACUGCUCACAGGUUUCUGCUUUCUAUCUACUGGCAAGCCAACCUUACCUAAAGUGCCAUAUGCUUCUUGAAAUACAUUCAAUCCCACAUCGUUUGUAUUCAAACAUCUGUUUUAAUGUAUAUAUCAGUUGGAGGAAUCGAACAAACCCUUGCAAAUGGCCAGAAACGUCCUUACACUUGUGCUUCAAAACAACACAUAGGUCAAUUAAGCAAUCAAGUGGUGAAUUAAGUUACAAGACACAUUUAGGACUACACAUUUCUAAUCGGACAGCAACGGAUAUUUAAUGCCAAACCUUUCCCUUAUUACAACAAUCAUAAAGUUUUGAUUCCUAAUCCUUCAUUGUGGUACCUUUUUUUAUUUUUUGUAAACUAAAGAAAGGUUGUCAACGGACCUGAACCACUCCAAAACAGAAUCCAAAUUGAGUGUCAUGAUGUCAAUUCCAUCAACAUGUAUUGGUCAGCCCUACUCUGAUGGUGAAUAUACAUGUUACACUCUAAAUGAAACUAGGUGAAUGUUGAAGGACAAGGCCCUGUUUAGUCCAGCUGCACCUUUCACAUGUGUUCUACUGAAGUCAGCUCACAUUAUCAGCUCCUGGUUGGCUUCAGAAGGUUGGGAAAUGUUCCAUGUUGUAACAGAAGUAGCCUCUGUAUUGAUUUCUGAUUCGCAUUUGACGUGUCACACAUUUGCUCUCUAGAUCUUAAAUUGCUGCUAGUUAUUUAUUGUGAUGGAAACAUGUAUGUUGCAAACUCUGUUGAUGUGCCAUGUUCAGAAGAUCUUCAGGACAAUUUGGAGUUACAUACGUCAUUGAAACUUAAACAUGUUUUAUGUUUUUUAUUCAUUUACCAAGACCUUUAGAAGGGAAAUAGACUACUGUAUUUGGCCAUUGUCAUGACUGUAUAUUUCAGUUUGUGUACAAGCUCUAAACUUGUUUGCAUGAUAUAAAACACAUGUUGCCCCAAAUUCACACAAUGAAAGAGAGGACACGGUAUUGUUAAUGUGUAGAUAUAUGAUAAUGUUUGGAAUGUUAUUUAUCUGCUGUUGUGAGGAAAAUACACAUUAUAAAAAAGAUUAACAAAAAGCAAUAGGUUUCCCAUGUGCGUCCUCAAAUUUUGGAUAGCUGAAGUAUUUUCUAAAGCAACAAUUUUACUACGUCAAAGAUUUAUUGAAACAGAAUAAAUUACAGCUUUUAUGUGACAUGCUAA